AUGAUAAGGAUUCACCCGGCCUGUGGUGGGGAGGAGGAUACAGAGGACCCAGCCAUCGUCUUCCGGGGCUACUGGGAUCCAGUUACAGAUGCCUGUGAUUGUGGCCUUUGCAAACAGUUGUCAGAGAAAUUCAUAAGAUGUCCAGAGGCUGCAGAAGAGCAGAUGUUUACUAAGAAGGCACCAAUUGGCUUCUCGGCCAACAAGCAUCAAGCAUUGCAGCAGAUUGUGGAAAAUGAAUGGGAGAAAUUGAAAGCCAUUAAAGAUGUUCAGCAGAUGGGAAAGCAGAAGGUGGAAGAAAUGGCAGCUGGGAGGGGGGCUCUGGGGACCACGAACCUGACCAUCUUGAAGAAUAUGAAGCAGAAAGAGUGGGCGCUCCGAUUGCUCAUGCUCGGCCUGGACAACGCUGGCAAAACAACUAUCUCCAAGAAGUUCAGCCCUGACCGCGGGAAAGACAUCGACACCACCUCCCAGACACUUGGCUUCAGCAUCAAUACCCUGGAGCACCGGGGAUUCAAACUGAACAUCUGGGAUGUUGAGCAGGAGUCCCUGCGGUCCUACUGGCAGAAGCACUCUGAGAACAGUAGUCUUGUCUGGGUGGUGGGCAGCACCGACUGCCCGUGCAUGCAGGACUGCCAGCAGGAGCCCCUGGCUGGAGGCACCCUCAUCUUGGCUAACAGGCAGGACCUGCCUGGAGCACUGUCUUCUAGCGCCACUCGCGAGGCCCUGGAGCUGGACUUCGUCCGCAGCCACCACUGGCGCAUCCGGGGCUGCAGCACCAGCACCGGGGAUGACCUGCUGCCCAGCAUCGACUGGCUCCUGGAUGACCUUUCCCGCCUCAUCUCAUGGCCGACUGAGCCACGCCAGGUGCCCCUACCUUGCAGUCUGCUCCCCCACCCACCCACCCAGGCCCUCAGCAAGCACCAUCCGUGGUGGGUGGGAAUCAGCCAGCCCAACGAACACUUCCUGUCUCCCUUUAUGACCUGCUGCUGCUGCCCACUGCUGCUCCCUGACCAGCCCCGCUCCCAUGGCAGGCGGGCUGUCAGCCCACCUGCAGGGCUGGGGCUGGGAGGGGGCGGCCUCUGCUAUCAGGGCUGGGCCUCAUCCUUUGCUCAGCUGUGA